AUGGAAGAAGAAAUUAAAACAAUUGAGAAAAACAAAACAUGGAAACUCGUUGAUCGCCCAAAAGACAAAGAAAUCAUUGGGGUUAAAUGGGUCUAUAAGACCAAAUUUAAUCCUGAUGGAUCUAUACAAAAGCAUAAGGCAAGGCUAGUAGCUAAAGGCUAUUCGCAACAGCCGGGCAUAGACUUCAACGAGACUUUUGCACCAGUUGCUAGACUUGAUACUAUAAGAGCACUAGUAGCAUUAGCAGUUCAAAAGAAAUGGAAAAUUUAUCAGCUAGACGUAAAGUCUGCAUUUCUAAAUGGAGAGCUCGAAGAAGAAAUAUAUGUGGAGCAACCACAAGGAUUUAUUGAGCAAGGAGGAGAAAAUAAGGCACUCAAGCUAAAGAAAGCCUUGCACGGACUUAAGCAAGCACCACGAGCAUGGAACAGCCGCAUAGACAAGUACUUCAUCAACGCAGGCUUCAGGAGGAGCAAAAGCGAGCCUACUCUCUACAGUAAAACUCAAGGUAAGUCCGAUAUCUUGAUCGUCUCUCUAUAUGUGGACGACCUCAUCUGCACUAGAAAUAAUGAAAAAAUAAUUCAAGAGUUCAAAAAAGAUAUGAUGAAAACAUUUGAGAUGAGUGACCUUGGGUUGAUGCACUAUUUUUUGGGCAUUGAAAUAAACCAAGAAGAAGAUGGAAUCUUCAUAUGCCAAAAAAAGUACACUGAGAAUCUUUUGAAAAAGUUCAAAAUGUACGGGUGCAAGACUGUAGCUACUCCACUUAUUACCAAUGAGAAAUUAAGAAAAGAAGAUGGAUCUAGUAAAGCUAAUGAAUCAGUUUAUAGAAGUCUUAUUGGGAGCUUACUAUACUUAACAACAACAAGACCUGACAUCAUGUAUGCGACAAGCUUAUUGUCAAGAUUUAUGCAAAAUCCAAGUCAAAUACACUAUGGAGCAGCAAAGAGAAUAUUAAGAUACUUGCAAGGCACAAUUGACUAUGGCAUAUGGUAUAAGCCCAUUACAGAUCCAAGACUAUUUGGCUACACAGACAGUGAUUGGGCUGGAUCAGUAGAUGACAUGAAAAGCACAUCAGGCUAUGCAUUUACAAUUGGAUCAGGAAUAUUUUCAUGGUCAUCAAAGAAACAAGAGACUGUGGCUCUAUCAUCAGCAGAAGCCGAGUAUGUAGCAGCAGCAAGUUCAGCAUGUCAAGCUAUUUGGCUCAAAAGAAUAUUUGAAGAUAUGGGAGAGCGCCAAAUAGAAACUACUGAAAUACUUUGCGACAACAAGUCUGCGAUAGCAAUGGCAAAAAAUCCAGUAUUCCACAGCAAGACAAAGCAUAUCGCCAUUAAGCACCACUUCUUACGAGAAGUCUCAGCAAACAAAGAGGUUGAGCUCAAGUAUUGCAAGACAGAGGAGCAAAUCGCAGACAUUUUCACUAAGGCACUUCCAAGACCAAAAUUUGAACUGCUACGAAGCAUGCUCGGAGUGACACAAAUGUGCAUUAAGGAGGAGUGUUAA